AUGACUCGAAAAAGCCUAUCUGAGUUAAAAUAUCCGCAAACAUCCUAUCUGUGCUCUAGCGUUGCCGAGGCUAAAGAGCGAAUACAGGAGCUGCAACGCCAAAAUAGGGCUCGUCAACGAGCAGAGAGGAAAUCUCAAGAAGACUGGGUUGUUCCUCUGGAGGACCGACUAGGCGCACAGUCCCACACUGAGAUUUUAGACAACGAGGGGCUAGAGACUCGCCCUAAUUCCUAA